CUUUGUGUAGUUAUACACGCUCCUCAAAGGAAGACGCGCUCUUCCUGUGAUAUCCGGAAAUGAAAUAAGAAAUAUGGCGUCGCGCAGGCGAGAAAAUACAAGAGAUUGUACAUCAAAUGCUGGAGAUGUUUCAAAUGCCGACCUUUUGCUUCAUCCAGAGCUCCUGUCUCAAGAUUUCAUUCAGCUUGUGUUACGUGAGAGGAAGAUAGCAGUGAAUAAUGAUGUGGACCGGGACCGGCUCACAGAUCUGUACCUGCAGCAUGUCAUUCCUCUUCCACAGAGAGAAUUGCCACAGACACGCUGGGCUAAGAGGAUCUCUAGAUCCAGAACAGACCACAGCAUAACCAGUGUUAACAGUUCCAGCACAAAUAGUGGCAGAAAGAGGCCGUUGAUCGUGUUUGAUGGCAGCUCUACUAACACUGGCAGUGUUAAGUUAAAGAAACCCGUUAAUUCUCCAGCUCCCGUUGUACAAGACCGCCUGAAGCCUCCAAUUUCCAGUGUCAGUCUCACAAACCCCAUACGCAAGCUGUCUGGAUCUACAAACCUCUCUUCCUCAAAUUCCCAUAGUAGGACCCCAGUAUCAACACCGGCCGAUCCCAAGAGCCCCUCAGCCACCUGUAAUCAUUCUAACACUGCCAACUCCUCAGGAAAUUCGAACAACAUGACGUCUAAUUUAAAGCGUACGGCCCCCAGUGACACCACUGAAAUUAAGUCACCUGAUAUGAAGAAAAAAGUCCAACAUAUCACAUGGCCAUAAUCUCAUCAUCACAGAAAUUGGAUAGUUGGAUUUUCCAUAGAUUGACACAUCUGUCAUGCAGUGACUCUUUUCUAACCCUCACAUACCAGACACAAGGAAAGGUUAAUAUUGGAAUAUGAACCAUUUGGUUCAUUUCACAGAAAGAGAGGCUUCUGCUCCUAGACUUUAUGUGGUGGUGAAGGAACUGAGAUGUUCCUAGUAGUUGUACUGUAUAUUGUACCCAGCUGAUGUUCGCAAUGGAUCCUCUGCCUCCCGAUUUUUUUGAAAAUCUUUGUUGGAAGUAAUAAACUUUAUAGUAUGAGAUCAUCAUCUUAUCAUAUUAAACACAAAGAUAAUAAAAGUAUGGAAUGACUGCAAGCUGUUCAAUAUCUUAGAAAGUCCAUUUUAAAACAUUCAUUCUUCACUGUGCCAGUACCCUUUCAAAAAAUACCUAACAAGUCCAUUUAAGUAUCUCAAAGGUACAUAUUGGUACCGAAUGUAUACGUAUCUGUACCAAAAUGGUACAUAAUAAGACCCUUUUAACAGAUACUGCACCAGUGACAUGUUUUGUUCCUUCUUUCUGAGAGUGUAAGUGUAGUAUAGUUUUUGAGUAUGUGUUUUGUAUCAUGAAUAAAACAAGAUUAACAGUA